AUGUUAUAUCANGUUCACAAAUUAAAAGUUUAAAAUCACACUUUAAAUGAAGACAAUAAAUCAUUAAAAUAAACAGUAGAAUAUUAUAAAAAUAGAUUUUAAGAUAUGAUGGAUUUACAAGAAAUGGCUAGUUUAAAUUAAGAUAAUUCAUUAUUAUCUUUAUUAAAAUCAAAAGGAAUGGCAAACGUAACUAAGUAAGAUUUAGAAUAAGCAAGAGAUUAAGUUGCUCAAGAUAUGGCUGAUUAAAAAGGAUUCUAAUUAACAAAUGCUUGGGACUAAAUUAUGAAUGAUAUCAGUAAAUUAACUUGA